AUGUCACUUGCCUAUAAAGUCGAGGAACUGCUUGCGCUUCGCGACUCGGUCUCGGAGUCUGCCGUCUCCAUAGACAGGUUUGCGGAUGAGGAUGUGAUCAAAGCUGAGAAGCUUCUCAAAGAACACGGCAGCCCACCUGGUAUGCGAGUCACGGCUGGAGGUCGAAUCGUUCCCAGCGACCUGCCACCACUGGGUACAUCCCGUUUCCCUGACAACAGCUUCAAACCGUCCACCCUACGCGUCACGCCGAACACCAUCAUGUCUGCACAAACGCAGUCGAACAACAACUCUGCCGCACGUAUCGAGGUUGUCGGUGGUCAACCUGUCGUCUUCAUUGGGGAUCGAAUGUUCGCACUGCCAGCUGUGAACGCCAACUCCACACCAGCUAUGGGUAGCAACGCCAUUAUGGAACCUAGUGCAAAACACGCGCCAGAGCCUCCAGCUCUCAGCACAUAUGGCAGCAUGCCUGGCCUGUCGUACGGCCCAUCGCGCACCAACUCGACUUCACCAUUCGCUGGCCUAGAUCUUCCGACGCUCAAAUCUCAACAGUCUCUCAAGAAGCAGGAGCUUCGGUCGGUGGAACAGACUGAGGUUCUUCAAGCCAGCCACCAGAGCGAGGCAUGGCGUGCCAACAUGAUCGAGAAGAAGCGAUGCCUUAUCGUCGAGCUCGAUGCGCUGCGCAAGUCUAUCACGGCACUUGAGAACGAGAACGGCGCUGCCGCCCCGACCAACUCCUUCAUAGGCCCUGCUGGAACGGCGCCUGCCUCGGCGUCCCUUCCGACGUUUGUACCUCAAGUACAGCAGCCUGUUUCUCAAGCGCUGUAUCCGUUCCCGGCGGCCAGUCCAUACACGCCAAUGAUGAUGUAUCCUCCGCCCUACAGUGCUUUUCCAAGCUUUCCUGGUUCAGAGCCAACACCAUUCGUGGCACCUUCUGUAAACCCGCCACGCUCUCCAGGAUCAGCAAGCCGUCGCUCACAUGCCAUCGCAAUCAAGCCUCCCCAGGAUGGCUCAAUCAAGCCAGCUUUGAACCCAAAGAGUCCUACUUAUGAGCCGGCCACCAAACCAGGUGCAGUGCAGAGUGCUGUGCCCCCGACUCCUUCACCUCCAAAGCGAUCCCCAUGGCGCACUCAAGAGGAGCCACAAUCGAGACCUAUACCGUCCACCCCCGAGAAGCAUUGGCCUGCUAGUCCUUGGAAUGAAGGCCACUCUGGGCGCGUAAACAAGAACGAGCCUAUCUCGAAGCUUACAUCCUGGCCAGAGGCAUUCGGCAAACGACAAUCCUCCUCCUCGCUGCGACAGAGCGCCACAGGACAACACUUAGCAUGUGUUCUUGAGAAGGCUCCCACCAUUGGCUCAUAUGGCCCCGAGUUGGCCUCGAACAAGAAGAUGAUCGCACGAUCUGAUUCUGACCAACGCAACGACACGAACGAGAAUUGGCCUUUCUCCCGCAAGGCUGUGGCACACGUACCGUCUACAUACCAAGAAGGGUACCAGGCUGGAUACGAUCAUGUUGGCAUGCCCGAUAGCCCAGAAGUCCUGCAAGGUUAUGUUCAAGGUCUCCUCCAGUUUCUUGCAGACGAACUAAAGAGAGGCCGCCUCGAUGGUGCCAUGCGAGAAUCGUAUGCACAAGGCACCGAGUCUCGUACGCAUUCGCUGCGAGGUCUCAUUGCUGGAUCCAUGCCUCAUGACUCUGCGAUCAGUAUGACGUUCAACCGCAACACUGGCCAGUCUACCAACUACGAAAACGUUGGGUCAUCCAAGGACAGCUUGCCAGCCAAAAUGUAUCAGGACUCUUCAUACAGUGCCCAGGGGGGUAUCAAAGAUGUACAGAACGCCUAUGCGCUUCUCACCGAGGCCGCCUAUGUCUCGCGCCAGCGCAACGUGUCCAGCAUGCAGUAUCCCAGCCCAGCCAACCCUAUCGCCGAGGGUCCCGCAACCCGUCGUCCCGCGACAUUGUUCUCUGGUGAGAACGAGCCAAGCAAGGCAGGUCAAGACAAAGGUAUUGCAAACCGCGCAGACGCAGAUGCAUCCAAGACCAAUGGUGGUUUUGGCCGGCAGUUCUCGGGGGCCCAGAUCCAGAACCGAGACUAUGGAACGCCUUUCUCCAACCAGCGCUUCUAUCCGACGCCCAAGGAGAUGAGUCCAAAUGGCUCUGGCGGAGAAGCUGCGACUAGCAUGCGGCCCUUUGCUAACCAUCGCUUGUCAGGGCUCGAUGGAGCUAUGGACGAUCUGGCCGACAUUGUCUUGGAGACGCAUAUCGAUGACCAGCGCGCCCCUGCUAACAAGCGCGCCGCCGACGGACCUGAGGUGGUCGAAGCGGAGGCUGAGGAAGCCACUGCCUCUUGCUUCAAGCCUUCUGGUGGAAAGGGCAAACAGAAGGCUCUUGGAUCUCCUCCAAAGUCAUGCGGCAAUGGUCGAAGCAAUGGGGUUUCGUCGCCCAACCCACCGAGCUCGCCCAAGAAGUCGGGAGAGCUCUCACCAGCCAAAGCCAAGCUCGAGCAAGUGACCAACAAGUUCAGGCGCAACAGGAAGGACGAUCCGCGUACCAUGUCUCCCGAAGAGAAGACGAGGCGGUCAGACAAGUGGCGAAAGCGUUUCCAGGCCAUCAAGCGGGAGGAGCUCGAGGAGAUUGAAGAGCAUCGCAGGAACACUCGCAACUAG